AUGGAUUUCUACCUUCUCGCGGUGUCCGGUGUCAGUGACGUCAACGCCGUCAGCCAGUUCGAGGGAACCUUCCCGGAUCGAUCCACCUCUCUCCAUCAUACAGUUCAGGGGCGCGCCAUGAACAUUAUCCACCGGCUAUUAACGAAGGAGACCCUUGAUCCAAAUGUCGCUGACGAACAGAAGUGGACUCCGCUCGGUUUGGCAGCCGACCAGGGGGAUGUUGAGACGGUGGAGUUGCUCCUCACCCGGCCAGACAUCCGCAUAAACGGGGUCGAGGGCAAAGAAGCUCCACCGCUCUGUUUAGCGGCAAGAGAGGGCCAUACCCAAGUAGUGCAUCGCCUGCUCCAGUGUCCAGGCAUUGACAUUGACCAGGGAUGGGGUGCCUACCUGCCACCGCUUCUGGCUGCCAUCACCAAAGGCCAUUCCAACAUCGCAAUGCAGCUGCUUGCGUUCGGGAAGCGGUUGAACGUCAACAUCCGAACAUACGCGGAAGAGUCCGCACUGUCACUGGCCGCGCGUCAUGGAGACCUGCAGGUAGUCAGCAGUAUCCUGUGUGACAGCCGCACAGACCGUAACAGUGUUGACGAUCGGGGACGUACUGCAUUAUGGUGGGCAGCUCAUGCGGGGAAAAGUGCCGUCGUGGAACGGUUCCUGUUGGACGAUAAUAUACAGGUCGAUAUAAGGGACGACGACGGGAUAGACGCCCUGAAUGCAGCGAGUAAACAGUAUCAUUUCGAUAUUGUCAGGCUCUUACGGACUCACCGGCCAGGGCAUCAUCACGGUGUCGGUGGGUCUCGCCCGCUUAUGGCUAGCAAUUAG